GCGGCGCGGAGAAGAUGGCGACGGCCAUGUACUUGGAGCACUACCUGGACAGCAUCGAAAACCUUCCCUGUGAGCUUCAGAGGAACUUUCAGCUGAUGCGUGAGCUGGACCAGAGGACAGAAGAUAAGAAGGCCGAGAUCGACAUCCUGGCCGCCGAGUACAUCUCCACAGUGAAGACCCUCUCCCCGGACCAGCGCGUGGAGCACCUGCAGAAGAUCCAAAAUGCCUACAGCAAAUGUAAGGAGUACAGCGAUGACAAGGUGCAGCUGGCCAUGCAGACCUACGAGAUGGUGGACAAACACAUCCGCAGGCUCGAUGCAGACCUGGCGCGCUUUGAGGCCGACCUCAAGGACAAGAUGGAGGGCAGCGACUUGGAGAGUUCUGGAGGACGAGGGUUAAAAAAAGGUCGGGGCCAGAAAGAGAAAAGGGGUUCCCGGGGUCGAGGCAGGAGAGCAUCUGAGGAGGACACCCCCAAGAAGAAAAAGCACAAAGGAGGGUCCGAGUUUGCCGACACCAUCCUAUCGGUGCAUCCCUCAGACGUACUGGACAUGCCCGUGGACCCAAAUGAGCCCACCUACUGCCUGUGCCACCAGGUGUCCUAUGGGGAGAUGAUUGGCUGUGACAACCCCGACUGCCCCAUCGAGUGGUUUCACUUUGCGUGCGUGGACCUCACCACGAAGCCCAAAGGGAAAUGGUUCUGUCCGCGGUGCGUUCAGGAAAAAAGGAAGAAGAAGUAG